AUGUCAAAUCUGGGAUUCUUCAAGGAGGUGAUGGCGGAGGCUGUAGACAGGGCCAAGGGCGCCGUGGUGGAGAACACGCAGGCGGCCGUGGGGAAGGCCAGGGAGAUGGUCGGACUGGUGGAUGGCUCGGCGGAACCCUCCGCGCCUCCCGCGGAGCCGUCGAUUCUAGAUGAACUGAACCAAUACUGCUCGCUCACGAUGAAGCAGAGAAUAUACGGCUUUGCCACGUGUCUCUGCAUCGGCAUCUUCUGCACGCUCAUGUCCAUUCUUGUGUUCCCGUCGCCCAUCAAAUUCGCUCUCACCUACUCGCUUGGCAAUCUCAUGGCCAUUGGCAGCACAGGGUUCCUGAUAGGAUUCACACGGCAGCUCAAGAUGAUGUUUGACCCGAUCCGAAUCGUUGCUGCCAUCGUGUUUGUCAUCUCACUCGUGCUUACACUAGUUGCUGCACUUUAUGUUCAAGACGCGCUUCUCACUCUCCUCUGCAUCGUCGUGCAAGCAUGUGCCCUCAUAUGGUACUCGUUAAGCUACAUCCCCUUUGCGCAGUCAUCUUUCAAGCCCCGCUUCCCCCCCCCUUCCUCUCUCCCUUCAUUUCCUUGA